UUUUGUUUAAUUUUUUGAAACUUUUUUAGGUGGGUUUUGCUUAAGUAGAGCUCAAUAGUGACCGCCCACUUUUUGAACGGCUUUGGUUCCGUAGCUGAUUUUCGUCUUUCAAUAUCUCCAUUAACAUUUCAUAAAAGGCUUAUAUAAAGAGUUUUAAGCCAUGAACCAAUCCAGCCAGCUACGAGAAGAAUCGUGACCAUAAAAUAUUUGAUUUGGUGAAAAAGAACAUUUUCAAAAUGACAAAGGCAAAGGUACAAGACCGUGUGCAUAAACAAUCCUAUGCAUAGCUUUUUGUGGGUGCAGUAAACAUUUUCAUUGCCACAGCGAGCUCCACCAAUCAGAGAUGUUGCUGUUUUAGCAUUGUGGGUAGUGUAGUGCUUCUCCAUUACAUUGUGAAUAAAACAUUCUUUUUGUAAAAAGUUGAUUUCAUACGGACUUGUGGCUUCUACAUGGGCAUGGAACAUCGUUUCACAAUCUCAUAGCUCGUGGUAAGUCUACCUUGGAUGGCUAAUAAUCAAAAUCUAUUUUCACUUCUGGAACCACACUGUUGAGCUCUAUGGGCAUUUUUUUGGCAGAGCAUUUUCAUUUUUAUCCAAAUACUUUUUCAGUAUUUUCAUUAAUGAUCAACCACUUAUUCUUGAAGCUCUUUAGAUACACGCCCAUCACAGCUUUCUGACCUUUUCCUUUUGAAAGUCUAGUUACACCUGGUCACUACUCACAAUUUGUGUCCGUGGUCCUGCCUUUCAUAACAUUUUAUAUUGUAUGAUGUUAGUUCUUUUAUAAAAAGCCUAAAGGCCUGUGGUAAAAGUUGGUUGGCCACUGAAAAAAAGUGAAAAUGUUCUUCCAAGCACUGUGCAAAAUUUAGACUUAAAUAAAACACAUUUUUGUUAGAAUUUGACAUUUAAACAUGGCAUUUAAAAUCUCUUAGAUUUUUGAAAAAUGCAUUUUUGUGUGGAUUAUUUUCAACCACAUAUUACGUAGUAUACAUUUAAGUAAGCAGGGGAUAGAAUUUGAUGUAGUAUAUAUGUUGGGGUUAUCUUUAAAUAUUUCCUGCUUGAUUACAUAUGGUCCUCCAUUUUAUUUUCCAUAAAAGUCAACCUAAUAAGUUUUGAGUUAUAUUACUGUUUUAAUUGGUUUUUGCGUUGAUGAAUGGAUAUGCCAGUUGCUUCCUUGUUUGUAAGCAGCUGUGGUUUAAAGGUAGAGGGGGGAGAGGAGCAGAGGACAACAUGUAAUCUUUGACUUGUUCCCUUGCACUAUAUCCCUAUCGUUAUAUAUUUCCUUCACGUGCUGUCAUGCGUGAAUCGCCCCAUGACCACCAAACCCACCUACAACCACAACUACCACCAACACCACCCUCCUCUUCCCUCCUCGUCUACCUGUGCGGCUUGAUGAAAUGGCUGCGGCUGCCCCUGAAAACCCCCUGUUCCCUCUGGUCGUGUCGUGACCUGCUGAUGGCGGUUUGGGUGUGAAAACAGCGGAGUGACAGCCGGACGAGGGCACUGAGUGUGAGGGACGACGAGGAAGGGCACCUGAUCUGUCGGAGUGGGGACGUCCUACAAGAGAGAUAUGAGAUUGUCAGCACUUUGGGGGAAGGCACUUUUGGGAGGGUGAUGCAGUGCAUUGACCAUCGCAGGGGAGGAGCCCAUGUUGCUCUGAAAAUUAUCAAAAAUGUGGAGAAGUACAAGGAAGCAGCUCGCCUGGAGAUAAAUGUACUAGAGAAGAUCAAUGAAAAGGACCCUGAUAACAAAUUCCUGUGUGUACAGAUGUAUGACUGGUUCGACUACCACGGUCACAUGUGUAUCUCCUUUGAGCUGCUAGCUCUCAGCACCUUUGACUUUCUAAAGGAAAACAACUACCUGCCCUACUCAAUUGGUCAAGUCAGACAUAUGGCCUACCAAAUCUGUCUAGCUGUGAAGUAUCUCCAUGACAGUAAGCUGACACACACAGACCUGAAGCCUGAAAACAUCCUAUUUGUCAACUCCGACUUCACAAUGUCCUUCAAUGUAGAGAAGAAGCGAGAAGAGCGGACGGUUAAGAGCACGGCAGUACGUGUGGUGGACUUUGGCAGUGCCACUUUUGACCACGAGCACCACAGCACCAUUGUGUCCACACGGCAUUACCGUGCUCCCGAGGUCAUACUAGAGCUGGGCUGGAGCCAUCCCUGUGACGUUUGGAGCAUUGGCUGUAUCCUGUUUGAGUACUACCUGGGCUUCACCUUGUUUCAGACUCAUGACAACAGGGAGCAUUUGGCAAUGAUGGAGAGAAUCCUGGGACCAGUGCCCUCUAGGAUGAUUCGUAAAACGAGGAAGCAGAAGUAUUUCUAUCGUGGCCGUCUGGACUGGGACGAAAGCUCCUCAGCAGGGAAAUACGUCAGAGAAAACUGCAAACCCUUGCGGCGGUACUUGCUUUCAGAGGCGGAGGAGCACCACCAGCUGUUUGACCUUAUUGAAAGCAUGUUGGAGUAUGAGCCCUCAAAGAGGCUCGUUCUGGCUGACUCCCUCAAACACCCGUUCUUUGAGAAUGGAGCAAUUAGCGAGGCAGGGAGCAGCAAGAACUGGGAGGGCAACCGCGACAUCAGCCGGUGACCUAUGAGCCUCCAAAGACUUAAUGACAGAGAAGAUCAAGUCUUUUUAUAUGUGGAGCAGGUGAACUGUUAAAUUAAUCGGGGCUUUGGAUGUUUUCUGUCGUUUGUCAAAGCAUGGACACCUUAACUUCUUGGUCCUCCAUCCUACCCCUCGGACAUCCAUCUCUGCAGCCACAAGAGGCAUGUUUUUGCAGCAGAGACCAAAAUACCCACAAAAGACAGGAAAAGAGUUGGAAAGACUUAUUUUCUAGCUACCACAGCAGUAGUGGACAAACAUCGUAAAUGUAAGAUUGUUUGUUCCCAAAGUAGCCCUGUAUGCAGCUCCUGUCUUCCUUUGACUUCUGAACUACCUGCUUCCUUUCCGUCCGUCCGUCUAUUAUUUUCAUCAGCAUGUAAAAAAAAUGAAUUCCCCUUUUUAUAAGGAAAUAAGUACUACAAAACCGGUUACACAAAAACUCAGUUUUAGAGAAGAGAUGUCUUCCAAUUCUGAAGUCAAGGAAAGGGAAAAAAGGAGAUAAAGCUGUAUAUGCAGCACAAGUCCUCACCCACAUAAUUCUAAACAUGGAGACAUGCAAGAUAUUUUAUUAUGUUAACACCAAAUUAUUCAAAUUGAAUAUCAUAUUUCUUUUGUAAUUGCAAGAAUCUCCAGCAGUUUCAAGUUUUUGUUAAGUGAGCACUUGUGUUGCAUAUCAUUUUUCAUGUUUUGUUUUUUCGUUUAAAAAAAAAAAGAGUUCCCUCAAAGAGAUUUUUGCCCUUAAACUUGGGGUCUAUUAGGUCAGCUAGUUUUUGCCAAGGAGAUGAUGAUGAAGAUGGACACUACACACACUGCAUAACGUAACAAACACGUGUGUGUGUGUGUGUGUGUGUGUGUGUGUGUGUGUGUGUGUGUGUGUGUGUGUGUGUGUGUGUGUGUGUGUGUGUGUGUGUGUGUGUGUGUGUGUGUGUGUGUGUGUGUGUGUGUGUGUGUGUGUGUGUGUGUGUGUGUGUGUGUGUGUGAGAGAGCGAGAGAGAGUCUGACAUUCAUAUUAAUGUUUUGCUCAGUGACUUCUUAGUAGUUCAGCAUUAGUCAUGGGAACAUUCUUGCAUAUUUUUAAGCCCAAAAAAAACAUACACUGCCUUUCCCAUGUGUGGUUUGGUCGGACCCAAAGUCUCUGUUGAGAUUAAGCACACAGCUCAAAGUGGUUUCCAAUGAGCCACACACAACUCCUGUUUGUAUUUAUUUUGAGUUCCAAUAGGUCAUAGUCCCCACCCCCCACCUGUAUAUGACUUGUUUUUUUUUGUAUGAAAUUAAAGCGUAUAAAACUGUAUAUAUGUAAGAUUGUGUAGAAUUAAAGUUAAGUCCUCCUUA